AUGUUUAAGAACACGUUCCAGUCUGGAUUUCUCUCUGUCCUCUACAGCAUUGGGAGCAAACCUCUCCAGAUCUGGGACAAGAAAGUACGUAAUGGACACAUUAAGAGGAUCACAGACAACGACAUACAGUCACUAGUCUUAGAGAUAUGUGGGACUAAUGUUAGUACUACUUACAUAACUUGUCCGGCAGACCCACAGAAAACCCUCGGUAUCAAGCUACCAUUCCUUGUCAUGAUCAUUAAAAACAUGAAAAAAUACUUUUCAUUUGAAGUCCAGGUUCUUGAUGAUAAGAAUGUCCGUAGACGUUUCAGAGCCUCAAACUAUCAAUCAACGACGAGAGUGAAGCCAUUCAUAUGCACAAUGCCAAUGAGAUUAGACGAUGGUUGGAACCAGAUCCAAUUCAACUUAGCGGAUUUCACACGUCGAGCUUACGGGACCAAUUACAUUGAGACGCUUAAGAUUGCCGUGAGUAACGCUAAUCACUAA